AUGAAGAACUCCAAGAUCUUCGUGACAGUGGGGAACCAGGAGAAGAGAGAGUAUCCAUUGACAUUUUCAAAAUCCCAAGCCAUCGGAUCUUCAAGUUUCGAAAUACCUCAUUUCCUACAGGAUGUAAUGUGUGCAACCGAAGGUAAAGGGAUUGAUAUUGUCCUACGUUCCUUACGCGGCGAGGUACUUCACGCAUCAUGGCAACGCGUGGGACCCUUCGGCAAAAUGAUGGAAAUCGGCAAGAGAGAUCUAAUAGGUCAUGGACAAUUACGGAUGGAAAAGCCGCCGUCCUGGAAACUAGACGUUCGAAUGAGCAUAUACAGCAAUCUCGAGGUCUCCGCCUCCCUCGGAACACCAACAGCAGGCAACGAGUCGCUGAAGGCCUUUCUCUCCGCCGUUGCCGCCGACCCCUCAAUCCUGGCCGCCAGUUCAAGCCUCGACUUCCUCAGUCACGAGAUCGGAGCCUGUCUAUGUAGCUUUGUGCAGACGUCCGUCGAGGAACUGAGCGUCACGCGCUCCUUGGUGGCGAUGGGCAUCGACUCCCUGGUGGCCAUCGAAGUCCGCAACUGGUGGCGGCAGGCGCUUGUGGUGCUGGGGCUGGAGAUCACGGAGAUUAUAGGGUCGGAGAAUGUCGAAGCGUUGGGUAAGAUUGCCCUCGAGAGAUUGAAGGCCAAGCACAGUGCGCAGGCGAAGCAAGAUGAAGAAAUUGCGGACACGUAUCUUCUGAUGAAGGCGCCUUAG